GCCGGCAACUGUCUGAAGAUCUGAAGGGUGAAAGAUCACACUUUUGUUUUUUGAUUGAAAGAUCACACUUGUUUUUUGUCUACUGACUACGCGAAUCUGGUGUAUAGGAACAAGGAAUUAUCUAAUAGAUAAGAAGAAAAAUUAACUUCACUUAAAUAAGAUGAGUUCUGACGAAAACGAAGAUCUCUGCGAUUAUCAAAUCGUAGAGUUUAUUUCUCGAGGACGUCCAGGUGUCAGAAAAAUAGACCUUGUUCCAAUAAAAUGGAUUGAAUACGAUAUUAAAAAAGGAAAGCUUAUGACAAAAUUUAUGCCACCUCCAUAUGAAGAAGAAGAUUUUAAACUUAUCACAAAUUUAGCCAAAAAAUUGGCAGAUGCGCCGAAUGAUUGGGUGACAUACGGCAUCAAAUUCAGAGCACGAGCUAAGACAUAUGCUGAUGGGUGUGCAAAACUGAAGUCCUUGGAAGAUCAGCUUUAUGCUUUUACAGAUAGUGGAGCAGAUCCGGAAAAAAUAGCUGCGAAUAUUGAGGAAUCACUUAAAACGCAAACACUGAAACAACAAUUACGAAAUUUAAAGGCCUCGAUGACUGCAGUAACUGCGAUACCUGAACAAUCUAAAACAGAUACAUCGCGCCUUACAGGAAAGAGAAAACCCGUUUUUGACCAAAGUGCUAGAAAAGAUGUAAAAGUAACUAUUUCAUCAAAGCAGCAAGUUUCACAGAAGGAUAGACAGUUAAUGUGCUCUAGACGUCGUAUUAUCUCAUCUCAUCUGACGAGGAUUCGAUUUGUGAUGAGGCAGAAAAUCAUACAUCUAAUAUUUUUAUACAAACUGAAAAGGAUAUUGGCUCGCAGUCUCAAUUACAAUUGCCUAUUGAAAAUGUACACGAUUCAACAAAAAUAGAUGAAUUUUAUAAUAAUACGAGCAAAGUCAUUCCGAUAAUAAAAGAUGCAACUAUGACGAUUCAGAAGUUUGUUGGAACAGUAAAAGAAGCAACAGACACAACGAAACACUCAAAAUUCUUGAGCAAAAGUCGUACGUAGAACCUUUAAUAUUACGAAAGUAUGCAAGCAAUUUUUUUAUUUAUCGUAACUUCUAAA